GAAUGGGAUCAGAGCAGGAUCAGGAAUGGGACAGCUGGAAAAGGGAAUGAGACAUGGUGGGAUCAGGAAUGGGAGAGCCGAGAACAGGACUGGGACAUGCUCACGCUGCUCACCCCAAUCCCUGUCCCCGCUGUCCCCGCUGUCCCCGCUGUCCCCGCUGUCCCCGCCAGCUGUGCCCGCCAGCUGUGCCCGCCCGGGAUGUCCCUGCCAGCCCCGGGCAGGGCCGUGCCCGGACGGGAGCCGCUCCGGAGGCACGGGAACAUCCCGAGCCUGGAUUCCCCCUUGGAGCACCUUCCUGCUCCAGCCUUCCCGCUUCUCCCUGGCGCUUCCCAGGAGAGCAGGGGACACUGCCAGGAGCCGGACAUUGGCAGCCACCGCCUGGCGCUGCAGAGGAUGGCGGGGGACCUGCUGUCCCUGCGCCGCCGCGUUGCCAGCCUGGAGGCCGAGAACGGGCACCUGCGGCACAGCCUGGCACGGCUCCGGGAGCCGGCGCAGCUCCGCGGCACCGACCUGGACGUGCUGACCCGGGACGAGCUGCUGGACAAGCUGGCCACCCUGGCCCGCGAACUGGCAGCGGGCGCGGCGGAGCUGAGGGCGCUGCGGGACCGGGUGCAGCGGCUGCAGAACGAGCUGAUCCGGAAAAACGACCGCGAGAAGGAGCUGGUGCUGCUCCAGCGGCGCCACCAGCAGCAGCAGCUGGCACUGAGCGGGUGCCAGCACAGGGCGGCCAAGGCCGGGGCGCUGGAGCGGGCGCUGCGGCAGCAGGAGAAGGUGAUCGAGGCCAUGGAGCGGCUGCUGCGGGAAAGGAGCACCGAGAGAGCCAUGGGUGCCACUGUGGCGGCACUGCUGGCCCAGACGCGGGAGGAGCCAGCCGGACCCCCCCGGGCCGCGCGGCUCCUGGGGGCCACCGAGAAGCUGGAGCUGCUGGCCCGGCUGGAGGAGGCGCAGGGCCGGGCCCGGGUGCUGGAGAGGCAGCUGCAGGAGGCCGCCCGGAGCUGGGCCCGGGAGCAGCAGGAGCUGGGGAUGCGCCUGCGGGAGCGGGAGCACGGCCUGGCCCUGGUGAGCGUGGGGGACAGGGGGGACACCAGUGUCCCCAGUGACCCCAGUGUCCCCAAUGUCCCCAGUGACCUACAGUGACCUACAGUGACCCCCACGACCCCAGUGUCCUACAGGGACCUACAGUGACCCCGUGACCCCAAUGUCCCCAGUGACCCACAGCAUCCCCAGUGACCCCCAGUGUCCCCAGUUUCCCCAGUGCCCCCGAUGUCCCCAGUGUCCUACAGUGUCCCCGGUGACCCCAAUGUCCUACAGCGUUCCCAAUGUUCCAGGUGUCCCCCAGUGUACCAAAUGUCCCCAAGCAUCCCCAGUGUCCCCAGUAUCCCCAG